AUGAUGGACCUCAGGUCUGAUAAAGCUAAAUAUGUGCGUGAACAAGCACCUGUCUCCUGCCACAUACAAUUUAUCUGCCAAGGCCACCUCAUCUUCACCAGAAUGCUUGAAAUUGUUGAAAUACUUUUCACUUUCAGUUUAAUCCUAUUACUAAUGCAAGUACCAUAUCAAAAUAGGGGAGCAAAUGCAGACGCUGAAACUGAAACUGGAAUAUCCAACAAUAGGAAAUCACGGUCUGUUAGUUGGGGGCACAGCAGGGACACCUCCAAAAUAGGACAAUCAUUGAGAUCACAAUCUGUUUCAGAGAAAAACAGUAAUAGGAGUAGCGGUGGAAGGGGCCUGUUGGACAUAUCUUUCCCAGAAGGCACUGAAGAGCUUGCAUCUCCAAAGAGCUUGUUGGACGUAGAAGGCAGUUCUGAUGAGCGGGAAUAUGGCUUAUCAAGGAGUCCUCCCCAUUUGGGUAGCUCAACAUGCUCUUCCAGAAGAGGGGCUGAGGAUGAGAAUGUGAAGAUCUCAUCACCAUUACACCAACCAAGUCCAUCAUGGAUUUCUGCAUGCUCUUCUAGUACUGGAGCUCUCAGUGAUGUGGAUGGAAGUCUAUAUGUUAAUACCCUUUAUGAGAAACUUCAACGGGCGUGGGCAGAGGCUGAAAAAGAGAUACUCAGGCGUCAGAAAGCAGAAAGAGAUCUAAUUGAGGCUCUAUGCAGGGCCCAUGAAGAGUUGAUACAAAGAAAAACUGAGGAAGCGUUGGCAAAAGAGAGAGAGAUGGAAGAGGUGAAGAAUCAGAGAAACCAAGCAAUGGAAGAACUCCGGUCUUCUCAAGUACAAAUUGCAGAGUUACAGAAGGGGAUGGAUGAGCUGCAAGUGGAGCGUGAUAAUGCUCUGAAAGAAGCUCAAGGGCUGAGAAGAAAGCAAGAGGGCUCAAUGAGAGACAGGCUGCCAUUCUCUGAGUUCUCCCUCUCCGAGAUUGAAGAGGCCACUCAUAGCUUUAACGAAUCCAUGAAAAUUGGAGAAGGAGGAUAUGGGAACAUUUAUAAAGGUAUCUUGCAUCAAACCAAGGUUGCUAUAAAGAAGCUACAUUCACAGAGCAUACAUUCUCAUGUCGCACAAGGCCCCUCAGAAUUUCAAAUGGAGGUUCGUGUACUGAGUCAGCUGAGGCAUCCAAAUCUAGUGAAACUCAUUGGAUCUUGUCCAGAAGCUUUUGCACUCAUCUAUGAGUAUGUCCCCAAUGGAAGCCUUGAAGAUCGACUCAGCUGCAAGGACAACAGUCCUCCAUUAUCAUGGCAAACUCGAUUGUUGACUGGGAGACCACCCUUCUUGAUAGCAAACGAAGUGGAAGAUUCGUUGGAUGCUGGAAACUUGAAAACCCUGUUGGAUCCUUUGGCUGGAGAGUGGCCUAUUGCGCUUGCUCAGGAGUUGGCUCGGUUGGGGUUGAGGUGCUGUGACAGGAAGCGAAAGAGCAGGCCAAACCUUGGGUCAGAUGUCUGGAAGGUGCUUGAGCCAUUGAACACAUCAUGUGCAGCCGAUCAAGUCCUGACCCCAGCUGGGUCUUGCACAUGA